CCGAAUCUUGAUCUUGGUCUUCCGACACCGCCAUCACCUCAUCGCACGUUCCCCCUCCAGCGCAUCGGCACCCUUCCUGGACACACCGUCCAUCCUCUCAUUCUUGCAUGCUUCGAGGACACAUGUUCAACACCUCGUUGCGCCGGGUGGCGCGCACCUGCUCAAACGCCUCACCUGCUCCCUCGCGGCCAACGACGCCCACGAUAGCAUCUUUCACGUCUCAUGCCCAUCAACGGCGGCAUUCCUCCUCCAAGCCUCCCGUACCACCGAACAAUGGCUCUUCCGCCAUACCACCAGCUUCGGUCAAACAAGUUGGAGCCCCAAGAUCCGACACAAAGCGAUCGGGGGCCGAGUCACGCUUAUCAAAGAGAAGAGUCUCUAAAGACAAACUGGAUGCUAAACAAGUGCCACAAGACGACUGGACCUCCAAAAUGCCUUCGGUGCCUAGCUUACAGCAUCUGAACCUGAAGGAUAUCUACGUAGCGUCGUUCUUUUCCACUCACCGACCACUCUCUAUUACGGGACCUGUUCCUCAGGAAACAUCCAUCGAAUCCAUCGACAAAGUGUUCCAGCCGAAGCCCAAGUCCAAGCGAAAUGCCUCUCAAGAAGUCAUUCUCACCCUGUCCUCAACCGUCGAACGGCUCGACGAACAGAUAGCGCACAAGCGGGCAGAGGACAGUUCCCAGCAUGCAGAGGCAAAAGCAGCCAUCAUAAAGGCCCUCACGCAGCGUAACGAUACCUCUUCCGACCCAAAUCGGGCACACCAUCUCGACGGCGCGCCGCAAACGAUUAACGUUAGUGGCCGCAAUGUCAAGCUUGUCAUACAGGAGAUUGCAAAGCGAUUUCGGCCCUUCAACGUCCCUCCGGCUCCAGUGCCGGUCAGCGAUGCUGAAAUCAGCGCUGCCGAGGCAGAAGCCGCUGCUGCCGAAGCCAACGAAGAAAUGCAAGCCAAAAGCCUUGAAGUGCAAAUCGAAAGCCAAGAACAUGACCCAUACAUCCAGCAGGUCGUUUUGAACGUCCAUGAGCAAGGAGAAGCAGAGGAUGAAGGAUUCUUCACCAGUCAUUCGGCGCCAAUGACGGAGAUUGAAGAAGCGUCCGCUGGGCCAGAAAUGCUGGACACACGCCACAGUGGACGUGUCGGUCGUGUCAGGCGUACCGGCAUGUAUGCCAUCAGUGUCAAGCGACAGAGACGAUUAAAGAUGAAGAAGCACAAGUACAGGAAGUUGAUGCGCAAAACAAGAAACAUCCGGCGGCGACUGGGACAGAUAUAAUCUUUGCGCAGGUUCGAUUUGAGCAUUGCAUUUUAGACGUAUGUGGACGAGGGGGUCUGGCUGUUGCUUGUCAGAUGCACACCAGGGUGCAUAUCCACGGCGUUGGAAAGGUUCAUCAUGAUCAAGCGUGCAGCAGUCUUUCCUAGACUUGCUCGAUACGUGCAUACCUACAUAUCUUCGUCUUCUAGUUAGCGCUGAACUACGCAAACACUCCUCAUAGCUUUUAUCUUCACUCUCUGUUGCCUCCAGGUAUCUGCAGCCAAGCAAGUCAUCAACGUUCAGAAUAUGA